AUGUGGACAGUGGCGCCAUGGACCCUCGGCCAGCUGUCGUCCCCCGAGUGCUCGCAGCUGCUGCGGCGCGGCUCCCAGAAGCAGAGUGGAGCGCCGUACUUCGGACUGGCGGCGCGGUGUGCGCGCUCGCAGCACUCACAGCUCGCGAUGGUCGAUGACGUCACGCGGCGCCAGUGCGAGCUGCUGGCGGCCCGCAAGGAGGCGCUCGCCUUCAGCUACAGCAGCCGCGGCCGCCAGUGCCUCGUCAACGCCUGCCCCGAGAUCGGCGCACGCGCCAGCCUCGCCGCCGACCGCCGCUUCCUCUACUACAGCCGCUACCCCGGCAGGGCUCCGGGCGACUCGUGGCAGUGCGUGGCCGGCGAGGGCGUGUUCCGGCUGCAGCUGCGGCCGGCGCGCAACGUGUCGGAGGCGUCCCGCGCAUGCGCGCGCCGCGGCGCCCGGCUGGCGCACGUGGCCGCCGCCUCCUCGCGCCGCUCGCUGGGGCUGGCCGCCCUGCUGCCCCCGGGCCGGCGCGCCCUCGUCGGACUCAGGGCCGUGGAGCACGGCAACCACAGCGCGCGCCCCAGCUUUCAGACCGUCACCGGCGUGCCGCUGAGCUGCUACCUGUACCGCGCGUGGGCGCCGCGUCACCCUCGCACCACCGGUCCUGACAAUGGCUGCGUCACUCUGGACUCCAGCGGCCGCUGGAGAACCACGCGCUGCGCCCAGCGACACGCCUUCCUCUGCGAGCUCUUGCCUCCUGAACGCCGUUCUGCAAGCUCCGGUGCUGUAAAAGGUGACCUGACAGCGGGAGGAAUCACUUCUGAGGACGUAACAGUUCUGGAUUACUGCAGUAAAAAUGACUCACUGUUGAGAAAAAAGGAGCCAGAUUUAUGGGCCAAAGAGCUAAAAUAA